UAUACUUUCAACCUCACAAAACUACCAAUCCAGCCAGAGUACCCGACUAGGUACAUUUUGUAUAAGGCCCUUCCAUUAAACUUGGAAAUUCAAACAUGGGGCUAAUUUGACCCGACGAAACAUUUUGCGGUUGCUCUAUUUACAUUCAUCCCCAUUCCUAAGCUCACCCAACCAGUUCUAUAGAAACCCAAUAAUUCAGUUAAACCUGGACCCACGUCCCAUAAAUCUAAUCGUAAAAAACAGCUUUUGAUGCACGUUUAGACAACGUUACUUCAAGUCCACGGCUCAUGUUUAGCUGGUUGGUAGUGUGUACGAGCGCCAACUUUACUUAAUGAAAGGAACAUGCGCAGUAAACACUUGGAGCAACUUUGGCGGUGCGUUUUCGUCCAGUGGCUUGGCGGUACUUUUGACCUCCGUACGUAUACCGAGCUGAGCGAGAUAUCGCUCGCAAUUAUAUCCCCAAGUAUAACCACCGGGUGUUAUAUGUAAGCAUUAUUAAAAAAGAACGUAGAAACGCAUGUUUGUCUGUUUAGAAAGUUCAAAAGUCCCCCUUGAAAAUUAGGUGUACUGUGAUAUUUUGUGCAACGGUAUCAUCAGAUGAUUAGAGAUGUUAAACCUGUCACCGUCGGGGUUUCGCAACGUUGACGCGAGCGAACGCACAGUUAACACGAAGAAGGUGUACUCGCGGAGGCCGUGGUACGCUCCGGCCAUCGACCCUGCUGAGAUACUGAGGUAUACUCCAGACUACGAUUCGGACUACAACCCAGACACGGUUGAAGAGACUAACGAGAAACAGAACCCUGAGUACUAUGACCAGCCGCGGGAAUACGAGGAUCCUGUGACGUCACAGCGUGUGGAAGGACUCAGUCAGCUCGAGACCUCUCCUCCGAACCAGGCUUUCGAGCAGCCGCCCACAACAGCAUCAGUAUCAGAGUUCUCAAUAGCGAAUGCUGUGAAUUUAAGAGAGGCAGUGUUGGUAGCUUUGGGCGGCGCAAGCGCAGCGCUAGUGUUACUCAUCGUGAUGGCGGGCGUGUUCGUGGCGCGCAGGCGCAAGAACAGCCCCUCCCCCGUGCCCUCACCCCCGAUACUCGUGUACCCCCCGCACGAUAUAUCUGCACCGUGCUAUAUGACUAAGGAGGUGAACUUCUCGCUUCCCACGCUUCGCUCGUCAUCGCUGGGAGAACUCCGAGAUGUCGUCAGCGUCAGUAGUCUUGGCAGUGACGUACUCUCUCCUCCUGUACCCACGCAACUACGAUCCAACUCAUUCACAAACACAGCUGACUUGGGAGUCCUGGACCCUUCUUUAUACAAGUCCGACUGCCUCGAUGAAGAUUUCAUGUGGCCUGAAGGACAUGUGGGCCGCGUUUGGUUUACGCUGAAGUACGAGGCGGGGACCGAAAGGUUGCAAGUCCAUAUUAUAAAGGCGAAACAUCUGCCUUCUCGCACCCCAGCACUGGCCAACGCAUGCGAUCCGUACAUCAAGAUCCAAUUGAUGCCUGAUGAGAGGCGAGUGCUGCAAACCAAACAGAAGAAGAAGACCUGCAACCCGUUCUUUGAUGAGACCUUUGUUUAUCAAAUUCCUCCGGGGAAGAUCGAAAGUCUGACGCUGAAGCUGUCACUCUUGGAUGUGGGGCGAGUUGGGAAGGGGAAGCAGCUGAUCGGUCACAUAAUCCUGCCGCUGACCGAGCUGGAUGGAGUGGCUCCUGAUGAGGAACCGCAGCUUUAUAAGCUUGAUAUUGAAAAGGACUUACAAGAACCAACUUCGGAUCUCGGCGAGAUUCUCGUGUCGCUGCUCUACAAUGAAAACCUUCACAGACUAACAGUAACGGUCAUAGAAGCCCGAGGGCUCAAGCUGGACCCCUCCUCAAAUAAAAAAGAAAUGGUGGUCCGAGUGACGCAGGAGCGCGCGUGCCGCGGAGUGCGCGCGCGCCGCACGGCCGCUGUCGACGUGGCGGAGGACGGCAGUGCCUUCGUCUCCGAAUGCUUCCACUUUAGGCUGCGAGCUGAUGAGCUACACACCACCAGUGUCACUAUACAAGCGUUACAGCCACACUCCGUUUACGCCAAAGAUCGACUGCUCGGGAAGUUCGUGCUAGGUUCGUACAUGUUCGCCAGAGGUCGGGCAUUACAACACUGGAACUCAUCGCUCGCCGCUCCCAUGGAACAAGUCAAACAAUGGCACCCGCUCACCAAUUAAACGACAACCAGGCCAAACAACGCACAAUUGACGACUACCGACCCCACUUUAUAGUGAGUGUAACGUAUUGACGGAUUCUAUUUUCUAAGAUAUCAUUUAAUUGAACAUUGUUUCUUAGGGUCAAUUUAUAUUCAAGCUUGGUUUAGACGACGCGGGAAAUAUCAUGCAAGUUGAUACAAUGACGCUAA